AAGUUCAGUAUCACAGUUGCCACACGACGCCAUAUUUGUUGGACGUUCAAGUCAAGGAAAGGAAAGAAGGAGGGAAGGAGGUGGAUAAACGUCCAGAUGUUCACGAGUCUUAAUUGUUGCAAUCGAUGUGUUCGAUAUAUGGUUCAGCGCAAGUAAUCGAGUAAUCAAACAUCUUAGGCAACGCUGUCCCAGGCGUCUUUUAUUUAUCGUCGUUCAGCUGGGUUAAGUCGCCGCCGCAGCCGCCGCCAUGACUUCCUUGACUCAGCGGAGUUCGGGCCUGGUACAGAGGCGGACAGAAGCCUCGCGAUAUCCCGCCGACAAAGAGCGUUCGUCGGCCGAUGAGGACUACGAGUCCCGGCGGGGGGAAGAACAAGAGGAGGACGAUGGCGGAGACUCCAAAGAAACGCGUCUCACUCUUAUGGAAGAAGUGUUGCUUUUAGGCUUGAAGGACCGUGAGGGCUACACAUCAUUCUGGAAUGACUGCAUUUCUUCAGGGCUGCGAGGGUGCAUGUUGAUCGAACUGGCCCUUAGGGGACGCCUCCAGCUUGAGGCUUGUGGCAUGAGGAGGAAAGGUCUGCUUACCAGGAAGGUCAUUUGUAAGUCAGAUGCUCCGACAGGGGAUGUGCUUUUGGAUGAAGCCUUAAAACACAUCAAAGACACCCAACCACCAGAGACUGUGCAGAGCUGGAUUGAACUACUCAGUGGAGAGACAUGGAACCCCCUGAAACUUCAUUAUCAACUGCGAAAUGUCCGUGAGCGACUGGCCAAAAACCUGGUAGAGAAAGGCGUCCUCACAACAGAGAAGCAGAACUUUCUGCUCUUUGACAUGACCACCCAUCCUCUGACCAACAACAAUAUCAAGCAGCGUCUUAUUAAGAAGGUCCAGGAGGCUGUGCUGGACAAGUGGGUCAACGACCCCCAUCGAAUGGACAAGCGGUUGCUUGCACUCAUCUUCUUAGCUCAUUCCUCCGAUGUCCUGGAAAAUGCCUUUGCCCCGCUGCUGGAUGACCAAUACGACCUGGCCAUGAAGAGAGUGCGGCAGCUGCUGGAACUGGAGCCUGAGGGUGAGAGCAUGAAGCCCAACACCAACGAGCUGUUAUGGGCCGUAGUGGCUGCGUUCACCAAAUAAAGCUACUGCACAGAGAACAAAAAACAUUAAAGUUGCAUUGAAAGUCUCGGAAGAAAUAACAUUACUGACCCUGACAUGAACACUUGACUGACUUAUUAAGCGCCCUCUGCCUGGACCUUUAGAGUUGAUUGCCCCCUUCUUGAUUCUCCUCCAUUUUAAUUUCUUUUCAUUACAGAAAAAAAUGUUUAUUCUUCACAUUCUCAUUUACCUCCCAUGUGUCUUUUUGCUCAAAACAAAACAUGGAAAUAUAAUUGAGAGGGAUUGGUAAUGAUGAAUGAGUGAGCUGUCUGAAACAGAUGUCGAUUCACAUCUGCAUUUUUCCAGUAGUGUUUUUGAAGCUUUUGAACAUAUUGUCUGUGAGCCAUUGCUUACUGAAAGUUACCACCUGGAAACACCUGAUGCUACAACAACUAACAAAGUGCAGUGCAGUAAGAAUACGUGAUGUUCCUAAAGGUCUUUAAAAUUGGAUACAUGUACAAAUGUGAUGUUUGUUAUAACAGGUUUUGUUUUUGUAUUUUGUUGAAAGUACUGUGAGAGAGCUAACAGAUUGUUGUUUCAGAAAGUUUUGACUUUUUAAAAAAUGUGUUGAUGCAUCCUAAAGUAAUAGAUUGGAAUUCUGUAGUCAGAUUGGAUAAAGCAUUGACGAAUUGGGCCUAAAACAUGGCGUGCUCACUGUUAAUGAAAACAAGGCUACCAACAGGGUCACUGUUGUUAAAGAAAGACACAAUUGAAAAAGAAAGCUAAAUAGAUUUAAAAACCAGUGCUUUUCUAACACUAAGGAGACUUAUUUCAGCCAUAUACAAAUCUUAAAAAACUUGUAAUCUUAAACAGUAGUGUUUCAUUAGAAGGCAAUUUAUGUUGUACUGCAUUUGAAUUAGCAUUUUAAGCACAACAAUCCUAGACUUAGCCUAAUGUAGUUCCAUCUCACAAGUUGCUAACAACAACUACAGGCUUAUACCAAAUAUACUAUAACUUCUCUUGAGUAUUUUACAUUGUUUUAUUUACAAUACGUAUAUAAACUAUUAAGGGGUUAAAGCAGAAGCAGGAGCUGAUGUAAUCUGAGCUUUAUUGAUUUACAGAUUAGCGGCUAGUUAAUGAAAGACAACACAUUUCCAUUUUAUUAAGCUGCUAUUCAGUCCUGUUUUAAGACAAUGUGAACACUUGUGUCGUUUUUAGCAUGCAUUGUGACCACCUAAGAUGGAGCCGACAUCAUGCCAGUACAUCAACAAACAAACCACAGGCUCAACCAGCACUGAAAAAAUCUGCUUCUCUGGUGCAGGGAGAAAGAAAACUAUCAAAGCUCACACUGGCCCCAUUCAUAGCAGGGAAACCCACACGUUUUUAACCGUGGCACUGUGGAUAGGACCUGAGUAUCAGCAUGCUGAGGCGAUGGUGCUAACCCCUGAACCAGCACGUAGCCAACAGUUAGAGGUUAUGUAGAGGAUCAUUUACUUUGUAAACACCCAGUGUACUACACAUUGAACUUUACUCAAAGCAAAUGUUCUUCAAGUUAGAUGCACAUUCAAACUCAAAUAUAAUAUAUAUUAACUGUGCAACACUUAAGCCUUUACCACAAGCCUUUUUGGUACUAAUGAGACAUUGGUUGCAUGAUUCAGUCAUGUGCUAUUUUAGUAUCUGUUCCUUUAUUGAAAUUGAUGCACAUGGAGGAAAUGCAGUAUGUACUAGGUUGAGGUCCAGACGCUUGUAUAUGCUGUUUUUCUUACCUAAAUAUCAGCUUUCUCUAAUGUGAACUCAGAGAACAAUCUUGCCAAAUUGGGUAACAUCACAAAAAACUUUCUUCUUAGCCAAAACAAGAGACCCAUACUAAGCCCUCUCUUUAUAGUGAGUGUUUAUAGCCAAAGAGCACAUUCCAAAUAUGUACAAUAUUAUUCUAUUUGUUCCACUGUUUAAGUGUAUUUGAAUAAAACAUCCUGGCAAUGGGGUAAAACACAACCAAUUUCCCCCCUCAAAGCUCUAACCUUGCUAAGACAAUUGACAUGAAUGGUGAAAUGAUCAAAAUCUGGAUGUUGUGGGACCCUUGUAUUGAAAGAAAAUACAUUAAACAGAAACACUGCGGUCUC